CUCAUCGGACGCGUCCACAAACAGCGUUAUACUUCACACGCCACGUGUUCACGAACAAAGAAAUGCACAUUUGCAUCUGAAACCAUGUUUUAUUGUCGAUUUCUGCUUUAUUUUUAUCUGCUGUAUUUCGGCGCGUCGUUUCGCGUUAUAGCCGCGUCUUCUCAAGGAAACGACAAAGCGCCGAAAAAUCUACAUUUAGUGAAGCGAAACGCAAUUAAAACCAGGCCCAGCGAUGCUCUUGGAGGGCUUGAACCCGGUGAUCCCGCUCCUGCAUUUCAGGUGCACACUCUGGACGGAAUGUUUGUUUACAGUCCUCGGAAUGAGUCAGGGCGCGCGCUCAUCGUGCACGCGUUCACCAAUAAAUCCGCUUUCCUCGAGUGUUUGUGGACGUGGAGCGAGUCUCUGUCGGACCUGCUGGAUUACCUGCCGUCCAGCACUGAAGUUUUAAUGCUGUCCAUGGAUGAGACUGCUGAACAGGACGCCCUCUGGAUGAGGGAACAGGUGUACAGAGCCGCUGCUCACAGAGGAAAGGAGAUUUUAUCCAGACUGCAUUUCUCCCCAACGCAUGUGUACAAUCUUGGAAACUGGAUACCUAGAGUUCUGUACUCAUGGGGAUGUGGAGGACAUAACUGUGGCCUCGGUCAGGUUGUUUUUUCCUCUCCAGACUGGAAGGGGCCUGUGAUCGGCAAGCGUCUGAAUGCCCGAUAUGACUGGCUGUACGCCCACUGGAGUACAGAUCCAUACAGACUGCUGGAUGUUGGCGAUGGAUGUGCACCUGUGGCUUCUCUCAAAGGAGCUGUCGCUUGGGUAUCAGAGGGAGGAUGCUCUUUCUUUACUAAGAUUAAAAACAUGGAGAAGUCAAACGCUACCGGGGUGUUGGUGUAUGCCUUGCCUGGAAAUAACAUUCAGGACAUGAACUGCAAAGGGGAUGAAUGUUUUACUUCACUCCAUAUACCUGCAUCGAUGGUUCAUUUCCAACCCAAAGUCAAAGAAGCCCUACAAAAGGGGAGGCCUGUUAAUGUGAAGUUCCAGGUCACACCUUCACGAAGCUUCUUCUUCGGGAUUGACCAGAGGGGGGUGCUUUCUGAGAUGGGCUGGUUUCUUUACCCAUCCUUUAGGUUCAUGGCCUGGCAGGCUCAGUGGUUUGUAUUCAAUGAUGCUUUGCUGGAGCAGCUGAGUCAGCCUGCAGUUACAGUGUCCGUGUUUGAUCAUCAUGAUAUGCAUGGAAAUGCAGGAGCUCAUGCUGUGGUGGAUCUUCCUGCAGACAUAUCACCUUAUGAUGUCCUGGAGCUGGACACGUCUCUAUCCUGUCCGGGCCGCAGAGAUGAGACGUGUGCUCAUUGGGAUCACACAGUGCAGCUGUUCGUUUGCUGCAAUGACAGCAGUCCCUAUUGCAACCAGGAGCUCGGCCGCUGGGUAACAGCCUUCCGCAGAGGCACAGGCCAUUGGCUGACAGACGUGUCUGCUUUGAUUCCCCUGCUGAAUAACAAGAAAUGCUCCUUCACCAUGAAGACUGCGCCAUGGGCAAUGCCAUGGAUGACUACUCUCAAUCUGCGCUUCAGUCAGAGCAAUAAGACAGAAAGACUGUACCCUUUCGAGGUGAUGCCGCUGUUCAAUGGAGGGACGUUUGAUAAGGACUAUAACCGCAGAUACCAUGAGAUCACCUUUAGUAUUCCAGCUGCAACAAAGAAGGUGGAGUUAUAUGCUGUUAUUACCGGUCACGGCUCCGAUGACAACAACUGUGGGGAAUUUUGUGUGACGUCGCAUUACUUCCUGAUCAACAGAUCCAUCAAUAACACCCUGGUAUUCGAGGCAGCUGGAUCUCCUCUGGGCUGCUCCCUGCUGGUGCCUAAAGGAGGAGUGCCGAAUGAGUGCGGCACUUGGCUAUAUGGCCGUGGCGGCUGGUGUGAUGGACUACAAGUGGAUCCCUGGAGGACAGACAUCACUUCACAGCUGGACAUGAGUGGAUCCAAUUCGGUCCGUUACUUUGGACUCUUUGAGGGACGAGACCCAAAUCCAAAGACUGACCCCGGGAAUAUACUUAUGUACUCCUAUCUAGUGUUUUAUCAAUGAAUGUAUUAAUGGAAAAUUAACCAAAGCACUUUUUUUCAUUAUCGCUCAAUCAUUCAGGAUUUUUUAGUAUUCCCUCAUGAUGCUGUUUUUUUUUUAAGCAACAGGUUAUUGUUCAAGUGCAAUUUGACUACUCCGAUUAGACAAUCUGGACAUCACUUUAUAGACUCAUACGUUGGCAGGUAUUUUUCAAAUAAAAUUUUUCCAUGUGAAAUACA